AACAACCCCGCUCGACACCCACCCGCUUGCCCUCAUUCAACGUGAAAAUUUCGUACAGUUCGGUAGUCAGUCCGAGAAUUUAGAAUCUAUUGAUCUAUUAAAACAAACGCUUGAUUCAUCUACGUGAGAAAUGGCCCGUACCAAGCAGACUGCCCGUAAAUCCACUGGAGGCAAGGCUCCUCGUAAGCAACUGGCCACCAAAGCGGCCCGUAAAUCAGCUCCAUCCACUGGAGGAGUCAAGAAGCCACAUCGCUACCGUCCCGGAACUGUGGCGCUCCGUGAAAUCCGUCGCUACCAGAAGAGCACUGAGCUCCUGAUCCGUAAGCUGCCCUUCCAGCGUUUGGUGCGUGAAAUCGCCCAGGACUUCAAGACCGAUUUGCGUUUCCAGUCUGCUGCCAUUGGAGCUCUUCAGGAGGCUAGCGAAGCGUACUUGGUGGGUCUAUUUGAGGACACCAAUUUGUGCGCCAUUCAUGCCAAGCGCGUCACCAUCAUGCCCAAAGACAUUCAGCUGGCCAGACGCAUCCGAGGCGAGCGCGCCUAAAUGACCUGGCCGCCAUCUUUGAUUGGAAAAUCAACAGCGGCGGUGGCGGGGACAAACGAAAUUACAGCCCACAGCUGUCGUGCGGAGUGGGAGAAAGACAAAACAAAGAAGAAGAAGAAGAAUGUGAAGAGCAGCUGCCGCCGCAUAGUUUUAAGUGUGUGUCUAAGAUUUAUCUAUACUUAGUCAUAAGUAAAGAUCCAAGUUUUCAUGUUUCAAUAAAAGCUAACGAUUCUUUUUUGGCAUAAAA